UCCUGACAAAGCCCAGCCAGGCUGGGAGCCAACUUCCACUUUACUCUGGAUAUUUUCACUUUCAGGCAUCUUGUUCUGAGUCAAGAUUCCUCCUUCUGAACAUGGGACUUUCCAGAAGUACCACAGCCUCCUCCCGUGUAUCAACUUGCCCCCAGAUGUUCUGGAUUUGGGUUGUUGAAGGAGUCUGCUGGCCUCUCUGGAGAACGAUGGGCAUGUGGUCCCUGUGGAGUCUGCUUCUCUGGGAAGCACUGCUUCCCCCCAGAGCCUCCAGCGCCCAAGUGCACGGCCAGGUCGGGGGCUCUGUGUUGCUGGCGGCAGAGCGCCCUGCCGGCUUCCAAGUCCGAGAGGCCAUCUGGAGAUCCCUCUGGCCUUCGGAGGAGCUCCUGGCCACGUUUUUCCGGGGCUCCACAGAGACUCUGUACCGCUCGCGCUUCCUGGGCCGAGCCCAGCUGCACAGCAACCUCAGCCUGCAGCUCCAGCCUCUGGAGUCUGGAGACAGCGGCAACUUCUCUGUGCUGCUGGUGGACACGGGCGGCCGGGCCCGGACCCAGCUCCUGCAGCUCAAGGUGUUUGAUGCAGUGCCCAGACCCGUGGUACAAGUAUUCAUCGCUGUAUCAGGGGACGCUCAGCCACCCAAGACCUGCCAGGUGUUCCUGUCCUGUCGGGCCCCCAACAUCAGUGACAUAACCUAUAGCUGGCGACGGGAGGGGACCAUUGACUUUGGUAUUGAACCAAGUGGCCUGUUCAUGGAUGGACAGGUGCUGAGGGUUUCACUGGGACCAGGAGACAAGAGUGUGGCGUAUUCCUGCAUUGUCUCUAAUCCCGUCAGCUGGGACUUGGCCACCGUCACCCCUUGGGAGAGCUGCCAUCGCAAGGCAGCCCCAGGAAAGUCCUCCUACAAAGAUGUGCUGCUGGUGAUGGUCCCCAUCUCCCUGCUCCUGACCCUGGCUGCUCUCCUCUCUGCCUGGCACUAUUACUGCUCAGGGAAAAAGCAGAAGGACAUCUGUAUUGACAGAGUGACUCCAGAGACAGAGAACCCCCUUGUGUAGGGUCUGCCAUGGAGGAGGAUAUAAACUGCUGUCUGGACCAUCAGGAAGCCCACUGCCCAAGCACAUGAUGCUCUGGAACAUAGUUGGUGUCUGGAAGCCACCACGGCCCCCGUACUUCCCAUGAGACUCCUGUCCCACCUCCAGGAGCAGCCUAGACAGCUGUUGUGCUGGGAGCCGCCAGACAGAAAACACUAGCACAGUCUUCCACAUCCCCCCUCCCCCGCUCCUGGCUCUGCUUGGGGCAAGAUAACAGACCAUCCCCUCAAAGAUGCUGGAAGUUCUCCAGGACCCACAGGGACUUUGAUGGUCCAGGGCAUUCACCAACCCCACCACCCCCACCACUGCUCAUGAAGUAUUGUUGUAGACAGAAUCUGUCUCCUCCAAGUCCAUUGGUUGAAGUCCUAACCCCCAAUAUCUCAGAAUAUGACUGUAUUUGGAAAAAGGACUUCAAAGAGAAAAUUAAAAUUACAUGAGGUCAUUGGGAUGGGCCCUAAUCCCAUAUGACUUGUGUCCUUAUAAAAGAGGGAGAGAUACCAGGGAUUCACCCACAGAGAAAAGGUCAUGGAAGGACACAGAGAGAAAGAAGACAUCUACAAGCCAAGGAGAGAGGCCUCAGAAGAAACUAAACCUGCUGACACCUCGGUCUUGUGCUUUUAGCAUCCAAGACUAUGAGAAAAUAAAUUUCUCUUGUUUAAGCCACUCAUUCUCUGGUGUCUUGUUAUGGCAGCCCUAGCAGACCAAUGCAAAUAUCAACUAACUGACCAAAGGAUUGCCUCCAGUCUGGGUCCCAGAAUGUAAAAGACAUUAGACAUUUGAACUAACAGAGAAACUCUGAAUCGCCCACUUCCAGCUCUGGCCCUAGCCCAGCCCCUGUAGUUUGAGACCCUGAUGUUUCCUGAUGUCCGAGGCAUUAUCAUAAGAAAAGAUCUAGAAAUAGAUGAAGGUGAGAGAUGGGGGACAGGGGAUUCUCUUUCCAGCGUGAAGGACUGUCAGGUCAUCUGAGUUCAUGGCUGGCUGGGUCAAAACAGAGGGAGUGUGGUGGGGGAGAAUGGAAUGGGGAGGAUCCGAGUGGUGGCCUUGGGCCACAACACGUGGGAUCUUGUGGUCUUCAGAACACAUGUGCCUGGGGUUAGGGUAGCCAGGAGCACCCCUGUAUGUUUGGGAGUCAGAUUCUUCCCAUGACUACCUUUACACCAUUAUUUCCAGUUGGCACAUAGACCAGAACGCUGUCCCUCUGUUUUCGCUUUUCUCUGUUUUCAUUGAAUUUUCCUUGAGCCUUUGUACCUGUCCUCUGGGCAAAGCAAGAGCUGAUAGGACGUCGGGGUCAGGGGACAUGAUGUCAGAGAGAAUGGAGAGGGGGCAUAGCAAAAGGCAAGGCUGAGACAGACAUAUUUAUUUUCA